AUGGACGCAUCUUCCCACGCCAGCUUCCGGCCCGAGUCGCCAAAGCCCAAUCCCAGAAUCCACUGGCACCAUGCCCGUCAGGCCUGGAAAGCAGAGGCUCUAACGGCGGGCUUGCCCGAGCCCGACAAACCCGCGUACUUAUUUGCUCCGACCUAUCCCGAGCUCACCCAUCCCAUCCGGAGACCCGACAUUCCUCUCAAGGGCCCUGGGCUUGCCUUCUGGUCGCACCCGCGGAGACGAGCCUUCUUGGCCGCCUUUCCCAAGCCCAAGCCAACCAGAGAGACCUGGGAGGUACUCAGCAGUCGCAAGCCGAAAUCCGCUCCAACGCUCCCAGAUGACUGCUUCGUAGGAAGAAAGCCGCCUCGUCCGAUAGACCAGGAGCGGAUCGCCAAGCUCAGCACGCCGCGGCCUGUCCACUCUCGACCAGAUCCACCGCCGGCCAUUCCGGUAAAGUCGAGAAAGGACGACGAGCCGUGGAAGCCUCCUGGUCCCGAGUACUGGGAGCACCUCUCCCGACCGAGGCGCCGCCGCUUUGAGGAAAUCCCGAGCUCUAUGCCUCCACCCAAGCCCGCUAGGCACAUCUCGCCCGAAACCUGGGACCGGCUCAGCCACUCGAACCGCCGCGAAAGGAUUCAGAGCAUCGUCAAUAUCGAAAAUGGCGAGCACGAACCGACCGAGCUUCCGGCCGUGGAUGUCGAGGACGACGAACCAGAUGCACAGAUCGAUCUCCGCACCGCCAAGGACGGCAUCACCGCCAACGAGCCGUCUGAUCCGUUCUUCUGGGAGAAACAGGGAUAUGAGUUUCCCGUACUUGGACACAAGGAGCGGAGCCUCAAGCCAGCCCAUCGCAAUUGGGCCAACUUCAGCGAUCUUCAUAGCGAGACCUGGAGGCAUACCAUACUGGGCCGAGAGUUACUGCACAGCGAAUACGUGCUUCCAGAUGACCAGACCUUCGAGCUCGUCAUAUAUGUCUCAUGCAAUGCGAUUGACACGACACUGGAAAGAUCGGUGCUGAUGAGCACUCUCGUCCCUGGUCUGCGAGCCGAGUGCCGAAACUUUGGUAUUGAUCUCCACUUUGUGGAUAUGCGAUGGGGGGAGACAACCCAGUUCGUCUGUGAGCACCGGCUUAUCGAGAUAUAUACAAAGGAGCUGCUGCGAUGUAUCAAGAGCUCUUGCGGCAUGAGCAUGCUCUCCAUCAUCGGAGAUAUGUAUGGGCGAUGCCAUUUUCCGAUCCAGAUGGAGCAAGACCUCGGCGACCUGCUCUUUGACGAAAUCGAGAACAUGUCUCGGAAAGCCAGCGCGGGACUGACGAUGCUGAAGAAAUGGUUCUGGCUUGAUCGCAACACAAACCCUCCAAGAUAUGUUCUGCAGCCAAUCACAACAUAUCUUCCAGGGUUCCUCAUGCCCAGUGACCAACGACUCCACAAGCGGUCGAUGUGGACUUGGUGGAACCGAUGCUUCACCCCUAUCAAGGAGGACCUGCAACACGCAUCUCGAGCCCUGAGACUCCGUCGGCAAAUCUCCAAGGACGUUCACCAGUAUUUCCAUGCAUCUUUGAUCGAGAAAGAGCUCCAACUAUGGCUCCAGUAUGCGGUCGGGGCCAGUCCAGAUCCGACUGACGACUAUUGCAGAGGCGUCGUCAUCAACCGCAGGAUCGAAAACAUCAUCGAAAGAGACUUCAACGCGCGCUUUUAUAUGGACACCCACGGCGAAGACUACGAUACGCUCAAGCCCGUCAAGCACAACAAGCUGGGCAUCAGAUGCUUGGAACUUUUGAUGGAAUCGAUCGAGCCGCAGCUGCAUGUGGGGGACAUAUUCAAGCGAACGGUUCCCUGGGACAGCGAGGGCAUUGUAUAUGACAAUCCAGCCCACCGCGAGUACGUUGAUAAUAUGGUCCAAUACGUUCACGACAAAGCUAUCCAGUCUAUCAAGAGCAUUACAGAGGAUUCUUUGCGGGAUCCACUCUGUCAAGAAGCACUGGUACACCUCAAGCACUGUCGUGCCAAAGCGGCCGACUAUAUCGGACACAUAGAUAUUCUGGAGCGUAUUCUCCAUCACCUUGCUCCUCCAUUCAACCACAAGAGCCCUCCGCUCUUUGUCUCCGGAAUCGACGGCGCUGGUAAAUCCACAGUGGCUUGCCGCGCUCUCCAAAAGCUCGCUGUCGACGCAAAGCACGACGAAAGCACCCCGAUGAUCAUAGUGCGCUUUGUCGGGCUCACUCCAGAGUCAUGCACCAUUGCAAGCAUCAUCAUGUCGAUUUGUCGCCAGAUUACCCGAGCCUUUGCUACGAGCCUGCCUCGAAAUGCCGAGGAGAGCGAAGCCGCGAGCUAUAUAUCCUAUGGACGACUGAAACAUUGCCUCAAAGAGCACUUGAAAUACGCCACCGACGAAAACCCCAUUAUUAUCGUCAUAGAGGGCCUGCACCGUCUAUCCGAAAGCUCGGAUUGUUCUUUGACGUGGUUGCCGAUGACCUUACCAAAGAACGCUCGCAUACUACUCACUGGUACCACCAACCACACGAGCCACCUGGUUUUCCGCGAUCGUCUGCAAACGUUCCCGCUACAGUACCAAAGCAUCAACGAUUGCUUGAUCGAAGUUCCCAACCUUACCCAAGAGCACGGCGAAAAGAUUGUGUAUUCGUGGCUGGCGCGGGAAAACCGGCGACUCAGAGACACCCAAUACCAAACACUCCAGGGCUCGCUUAUCAGCUCCAUCUAUAGCAAAGAGAACGCCUCCACGCCGUUCCUGCUCCGGUUCAUGUACCAGUUCACUAGGAAAUGGGCGUCGCACAAGUUUGCCACCACAAUCCCGUCAAAGCGGAAGGACUUGCUUGAUUCGAUUUGCAAUCAACUGGAGCGGGAGCACGGUGUCAUGCUUGUCUCCCGAACAUUUGCCCUGAUCACCGCUGCCCGCGAUGGGCUCUCGCAAGUUGAGCUCGAGGACAUUCUCUCACUGGACGACGACCUGCUACUUGAGCUGUACCGUAACCAAUCGUUCAAGCUCUCUGUAAGCCGAAUCCCCAGCAUACUGCUGGCGGCUCUGAUUCAGAAUCUUGACUUUCUCCUGACAUGCCAGCCAUGCGGCGAGCUCCAUCACACGCCGCUGCUCAAGUGGAACCACAGCUGUGUGCAGAGUUUCAUGCGGCAUCGAUACCUCAACACAACUCGACAGCGUGGAAACGCAUACGAAAACCUCGCCGACUACUGGAUAGGCAUGUGGUCCCGGGGCAAGCCGUUCGAUGAGGAUGUUCUCGAAAACUCGCCAAUCGAUCUCCCGGAGGGUCGUAACAUCCCGUCGCAGCCAAUCCGGUUUUUCGACGGGAUCAAGUACCGCUGGAACAUCCGCAAAAUCCGUGAGCUUCCGCGGUCACUCACGUACGCACACCGGUGGAGCGAGCUGCAGGAGCUCUUCAGCAACCUCGAAUUUUUUGACGCCAUCAAUCACUCUCAGGGACUUCACGAGAUCCACCGGCUUUUGCAAUGGAUCAUUCGGGAUGCGAAUACAUCGCCGCACUUCAAGAUCUCGGGUGAAUGCGAACAGUUGAUCCGGCAAUGGGCAACCUUCUUCCGAAUCAAGUCCGAGCUCUUUGACUUUGGGGCAUCUCUGCCCCAGCUAUGGGAUACUGAGAUUGCAAAUGCGCCCGAGGGGCUCUUCAAUUCGAAGAACAUUCGGGACACGGUGAGAAAAUCCGUCGCGCAGACCAAGGCGCGACCAUACUGGUUGCUCCGGUUCCUCAGUGCUGCCUGGAAGCCGUCGAUUGUGCAGUCCACCAAGCGGAUGACCUUUCGUCUGCCCAACGUUUCGGUGCUGGGACUGUGCCCCUCGGGCAAACGCCUUACUGGGGCUUCAAGCAAGAGUGACUGUGGGUUUUCUUGGAACGUCGAGACCGGCGAGGAGAUGUGGAAACUGCAGCACCCCACACCCCAGAGCAAAGCCAACAAGUCCAGCAACGGUAUCCUGUGGAUACAGUACCUCCCCAGCGGCAAUAUGCUGCUGACCGGAAACUCGGCUCGCGGCACAGACGUGCGGCCAACCAUCUGCUGCUGGAACUCGACCACAGGGAUACUGGUGUCUACCCUCAACGAAGGAAACAAGGGCGAUCUAACCAAGGGGCACGUCGAAGGCUCGGCGAUUGUGUCGUGCGCCUUCAUUCCCAGCGCGGAAGAGGGCGAGAGCGAUUCGGUUUCGAUGGUCUCGGCCGACUCCAAUGGCAGGAUCAUUGCCUGGGAUGUAUCCAGUGGCAAGAUUGCUGCUCAGGGCGAGACGAUGGCGCCCGGCUACCCGCCCUCAGUCGCCAUCUCCUGCAACGGCAUCAUUGCCGCAUGCACUGUGGCCGGCAUCGACUGGUUCAAGUGGGACCUGCAUCACAUUGCAGCAACGACAGGAGCCAUCAGCAGCCCGGACCGAUCCGCAGCCACAGUUACCCCUGCGGCGUUUUCCCCUGACGGAACCACCCUCUUCACAGCCACGCCAGUCGGUGACAAGACACUCAUCCACGCCCGCGACCCCUACACUCGCUUGGUUCUGUGGGAAACCACACAUGCAGGACUGGCCCAGAGCAUCGCAGUUUAUCCGGAUGGAACUUGUCUGGCGUCGAGCAGUGUCGGCGGCUUCGUCUACAUUUGGGAUCUGACCUCGUGUAUCCGAAGCUCGAGCAUGAAGGUAUCGAUGCCAGCGCCUCCGCUCAUCCACUCGUUCUCCCUCAAAGAGUUUUGUCAGUGCUCGAUUGAUUCUCUGGGGGUCCUGUCGGCGAAUGCCUUCCUCAAUGGCCUGGGCAAGACCUUCAAGCCCUUCGUGCCAGCCAUGAAGCCGCUGCUUCCACGAGGCGACGACGGCAGCCGGACCGAGCUGCGAACAGCUGUCAUCAUGCCCCAACCUCCUUUCACCAUGGCCACAGCCUCGUGCACAGACGGCCAAGUCUCGGUCUGGAACUUGGAUGCGCUUUCGCUUGCACCCCGCCCGGCCAUUACCGCCCUAUCCUUUUCGGACUGUGGCCGAUAUGCCGUGAGCCUUGGAGGUGGAGGGAGCGCAUCAGGAGCACCGGCUACCGACCAGAGCAUUAUGAUAUGGGAGGUCGACGAAGCCGUCACCUGCUAUGCGUGGCCGGUCGCAGCCGAGCUGGCAAAGAAGGGCAGCGUCGCUCUAUCUGUCGCCUCGGUUCAGUUUUGUCAAAGACGGGAUGCCGCCGAGCCGUCGGUGGUGGUCGUACUGAUGCAAGGCCCGCAGUCGUAUCACAUCAAGAUCGUGGGCGUCGAUGGGACACUCGAACUCUCGACCGAGCUCCGGCUUUUGGAUCUGGAAGCGGCUCGGGAGGCCAAGGUUGUUGCCGCAACAGCCGACGGCAUGCUCCGUACCCUGGCUGUUUUGCUGUGGGUUCCAGAGUACCGGAUCAUGCGACUGGUGCUGCUCCGGAUUGUGUCCGACAAGGAUACGACCCCGAUCGCAAUCAAGGAUGUUCCUAUGGAGGCGCUGCAGCCUGAGCACUCGUACGAUCUGCACUGGCGCUAUUUGGAUUCAACAAGUGUCGCCCAGCUGAGCAGCGACAGGCUCCAUGAGGGCUGGUCUGCAAGUAAUCCGUCUGGAGACAAUCAGCGCCGAAGUGCAGCCGCGGUUGUGGAUGACACGAACAACUCGUUGGGAUCCGAGAACGAGCAGAGACAGCUUCGCCGUCCUCGGGACAGCAACUCAGCGGCUGCAGCAGAACCUUCCCAUGGAGACGAGCAGUCCAUUGGCCCGUCUGUGGGCCCGAGUCAAAGCAAUGAUCCCAGCGGCGAACCCGGUCUGGAGGGGGCUGACCGCCCGCAGAACGUGGCCGACUUGCAGCCCAUCGACGCCCAACCACCUGUGCAGGCUUUCGAGGAAGUUAUCGAUUUGUUUGACCGACGCAAGUGCACCGCGGUACUCUCCUGGCGGAUUGCCGGUGAGAACGAUACUCGCGUGAGCCUGGCCGAUCCCCAGCUCCCGCCGGCGCAAGUCUCGCUGCGGAUCGAGUGCCGAGAGGCCGCAAGCCGCCUGCUGGUUGAGCUGCAGCAUGAGUCCGGGGAUGGCAUCGGAUACUCGAUCAAGACAUCCGGCGCUCCGGUGGAUGCGGCGCUUGUGCAGAGCGAUAGUCGAGGCGAGGACAUGAUUGUCGCGGUGGUUGACAAGCAUGGGAUGCUCGCUGUGCACCGAUGCAUCGAUGGACGAGGCAGCGAGCUGAUCGCAGCCACAAGUAUCGGAGUGACCGUUACGGGACUCUCGUUCGGCAGGGCAAGGGGCGUCCUUGGCGUAUAUGGGUGCGAUGGAUUCCUGUCGCUGCUGUGCUUGAGCCAGCCAGUCUCAGACAGCACCAUUGCCGUCUCGGCGCACCUCUCGUCGACUGGACUUCGUGUCUGACCGGAUCCACGAAAGCAAAAGUGAAU